UCCGUUUACUGUCCACAGAGCAGCAUCGUGAUGGAGAGGGUCUUGCUGGCUCUCUUCUGUCUCUCAGGUCAGUGGAUUCUUUGCUAAUGUCUGACGGUGCUUAUUAUUGCAUAUUAUUGUAGAAAGUUGAUAGUUUGAAACCGCCUUGUAUUUACAAAGUUUUUCAUGGCUAAUUUCUUCUUUUCUCUCAGGGUGGUUCAUCCUCCCCUCCUGCCCUCUCCAUCAGUACCACUUUGUGAAGGAACCUUUGACUUGGGAUGAAGCUCAGACCUACUGCAGAGAGAGAUUCACAGACCUGGCCACCAUAGACAACAUGACAGAAAUGAGCCAAUUUUUUAACACGGUUUCCUCCACUGGUUACAACUCUGACGUCUGGAUUGGUCUGUAUGCUGAAAUCGAAUGGUUCUGGGCAGAUGGCAUCGACGCUGAGUACAGGAAUUGGGAGGACGGUGAACCCAACUUCUCCAUUGGUCAGUACUGUGUGUCAACCAGACGGGCUGCAAAAUGGAUGCAUAUAAAGUGUGAGAUCAGCUGCCCAUUCAUCUGCAACAACGGAACACUGCAGGAUCCUGAAUUUGUGCUUGUGAAUGAAACCCUGUCCUGGAAUGGUGCUCGCCAGCACUGCCAGGAGAACUUCACAGACCUGGCCACUGUGUGGGACGACGCUGAAAACCAGCAGGUUCAAAACAUGGCAGCAAGUGAAGGAUGGACGUGGAUUGGCUUAUUCAGUUUCCCUCAUUAUUACUGGUCUGAUUACAGCAACAGCUCCUUCAGCAACUGGGGUAACGUUGCACUUGACCUUGGCACAAUGACAAACGUAUGUGCCUUCGCAUCUUUGCCGGAAUCAGGGAAAUGGAAGCUUUCAUCCUGCGAAACAAAAUUACCAUUUGUCUGCUACGCCCCUCCACUCCUCUCAAUGAAUAUGCAGGGGGAAGCGAAGAAGCAGGUGGUGAAGCUGAGGAUCAAACUGGACGACUCCUCUGUGGAUCUGAACGAUCCUGCUGUGAAAGCGGCGCUCCUGAAAAAGGCAAGUCUCCAAAGUCCAUCCUCAGACAUCCCACACAUUUUAACUAUGCACCAUUCUGGGAGCAGUGAUCACAGACCAAAUGUGAGCUGCCUACCAACAAAUGACACAGAUUUCAGUGUGACUGGAUGUUUCACAAUAGCUGCCAUGUGCGUCUCUCAGCUCCAGGACAGACUGAAGGAGGAAGGAGUGAGUGGAGUCACCCUGAAGUGGAGAGAGCAGCCUGAUGGGGAAGUCUGGCACAAAGAGGAUCCCUAAAUAACCUCACCUGUAUGUCAGCUGAGCUCUUUAAAUACCUGUGUGUGUUGACUAAAGUGCAGCAGCACCUUAUUAUGUUUCAAUCUCCAAUAUGGCUGCCUUUAAGAAGAGAGUGUGACAUUUAAUGUAGGCUGGCAGCUUUAGUCAUUGUGAACUCUUCUUAGCUGCUAGUCUGUUUGCAUUAGAGUGAUUUUAUUAGCAACAUUUACAGUCGUGACAAGUUUGCAUUUUAGCAAAACAAUCGAUUGUCUCCACCUUAAUCUUCUGAUGCGUCUUCGGACAAGCGUUCUAUAACCUUCUCAUCCUGAUUUUUGCUCUCUUGCUUGUUUUAUUCUGUGUGAGAUGACUAACAAUACUAUAAUUCAUCAAUCUGAACUUUAUGUUCUCCGAUGACGUGUCUCAGAACAAGCUUUCUUUACUGUUUUAAUCCUGAUUUGAUCUACCAGCACAUGUAACCAAAGUAUCAGUAAGUAAUCAACAGAAGUUUGCUACUUGGUGUAGUGAUUCUUUCAUGAACGACGGAGGUGACUGACAGAUAUUGUUUCCUUCCUGUGUCUGUGCUCACUCAGUCUUGCUGUGAGUUUGUUCUAAAGGCCACCAAUAAUACAGCAAUGGAAGAAAAUCUCCCCCAGUACAGAAAGCAAUUUUGGUGCCAUAGAUCACGGUAACAAAAGAUGUCUAAAAAACAGUCGGGGUUGUGUGAUUGUAAAACUUACCCAGGGCCUAGAAAAGAUGCAGAAUGAUGAUGUGUGAUGGUAUCACUGUGGGCCGAGAGGGACUGAGUGAGCAGUCAGCAGGAGAAACACUGAAGACAAUGAGCAGAAACAAUCUGAAAGCCAUGACUUUUGUUUGGCUAAAACACAGAUAAGUAAUUUAAUAUUAACCCUCGUGUCGUCUUGCGGGUCAAAUUGACCCGUUUUAAAGUUUGAAAACGUGGGGGAAAAAAAUAUAUUUUCACAGUGAAACUUCUGAUGUCCACAUUUUUAAAAUUUUUGAAUACUUUUUGGUGGAAAAAAAGAAAUAUUAAACAUGU